AUGAAAGAGAUUGCAAUGUUUUAUGGUUGUAAGAAUUCUCAGCAUCUCUUAAACGAAAUUGGCCGUAGUUUUGUCUCUCCAUUGAGUCUACCGCUCUGUUUAAUCUUUCUACAAAUGGCUGAAGACCGUGUAAAUGUAGUAGUCCAUUGGGAGAAGAUGGAGAUUGACAUCUUAGUGAGGAUUUUCCAAAAGUGUUUUAGCCUCCAAGAGUUGGUGAACUCUGGAUCAGCUCAUGUCUGCAGAGGAUGGCGUGCGGCUUGCUGCGAUCCCACUCUGUGGAACACGCUCGAUCUAUCUCACAUGAAAUCUCAUUUCAUCAAAGUCCAACAAAAGCCGUUUGUGUACGUGGAGAGCCGCUUUGAUGAGAACUUGACUCGGCUCUUGAAACUCUCCAUGAGUCUUAGCAAGGGAAACACAAUGACCUUGAUCGUCCAUUUCAACUUGUUUCUUAGUGAUGACAUGCUUACUUACACCGCUAUUAGGUGUCCAAACUUGAGACGCUUAGUGUUACCGGCGUGGAACAGGAUUAAGAAGAAGAGCUUAGCCAAUGUCAUGGAAUGCUGUAAGAGCCUAGAAUCGCUAACAAUGCCAAGCAUCCCGCACCCGUAUGUUGUCUUUUCAGCGAUAGCCAUGAACUGCAAGAAUUUCAGAGAGCUCAAGGUAAUGGGUCCAAUAGAUCUCUCCUUCGUCGAGGUGCUCGUUUAUCUUCUCCCGAAUCUCAACGUCAUCAGCCUCAGAUGCACUUCCAUAUACCGAGAUGCCCUCGUAACAAUCUUGGAUAAACUGAAACGCCUCCAAGUUCUCAACAUUUCUCAUUCCUACCUCCUAGUGCAGCGCUAUGAACCGAAACAAGAGACGAUCAUUGUUAGGGAACUUGACGAGACGAUAAUGAACAAGGCCUCGAAACUGAAGCGAUUCAUAACUUGUAUGGAGCACGAUACUUGUGUCAUGUGUCAGAGGACCGAGAAGGACGAAGGGAUCAUGAGAUGGUAUAAGUACGAGGAAGGGCUAUGGAAAGCAGACGAAUUCAUGAACUUGUAUGCUACUACAUAG